AUGACUAAAACUAUUUACGAAAACUUUAAAGAGUUUACUACUUUUUACAACUUCCUUAAACCUCGUUUUGCUGCUGACUUUCGACCUAAGGAUAAGAUAGGGAACAUUUUUAUUAGUCGAGGAGUUUAUGAAUCUUAUAAGCAUGAUACUUAUUAUGGGGAGGCUGAUCAAGCCUUAAAUAAAAUUGCUAGUCAGAUUGUUUUUGAUUGUGCUGAAAUAGCCAAAAAAGAAACUAUUCAUGCUAAGCAUCCUGAACAAACUCCUAACUUUCAACUUUAUACUGUUUAUCGAUUGGAAAAAAUAAAAGUUGAAUUAGAGAAAGAACUUAAAAAAACUAGUGGGGUAUUUAAAGAUAAAAUUAACCUCCGUUUAACUUUUACCGAAAGUUUAAUAGAGGGAUUUAAGAAAGAAAUCAAAAUGUUGCCAGUAGGAAACCCUGAAGAAAAAUUAUCCUUAGGAGCCAAAAUAUUUGCUGACUUUGUGGAUGGUUAUAAUGAUUUAGUUGAAGAAGGAUUACAAGAUAAAAUCCCUAGUCAAAUGUUUUUGCUUUUAGGUCCUCCUGGGGUGGGUAAAUCUUUUAUUAGUGAAAUGAUUGCCGAGGCUACUGACUUACCAAUCGAAACAAUUAGUAUGAAUGGAAUGAUCAAACAUAAAAGUCGAGUAGUUAUCUUUUUAUUGGAUGAGUUCGAGAAAUGUGAUAAACAAGUGCAAAAAGUUCUCGGUAAUCUUACUGAUAAAACUCUAAACAAGAAAUUUAAGGAUGUUUUUUAUGAUCGUCCUAUCCCAAUUAAUCAACUUAUUUUCUUUUGCACAGCUAAUUAUCCCGAAGAUAUUGAACAAUUUUUACUUUCUCGAUUAACUCCCGUGAAAAUUCAACCUGCUACUUAUUACGAAAGAAUUGAGAUUGCCCAAGACUUAAUCGACUAUAAUUUCAGUUCUUAUAAGAUUAAAGAAGUAGAUAAUGGUGAUCCACAAAGAAAUCGUCCUGCUUGUCCUUAUUCUUUAGAUCGAAAUGCUGAACAUCGAAAAGUAACUUCCCAAAAAGCCUAUCAAAGAUAUUUAGAGUUAAUUGCUCAAGGAAACUUUUUAGCAGCAGAAUGGUUGGCUGAAUACGGUAAAUAUGGUUUAAUCAAAAAAAAUGAUGGAUCAUGUGAAAUUAAUAUUUCCCCAAAAACUUUAAAAACUAAACAUAGCACUGAUACCCGUUAUGGACCACGAGGAGCAGGAUUUUUACCUACCACCACUCAUGAAGUAGCUCAUGUUUCUCAUUUAGUUACUCAUCACCCUAACUUUCAACCUUGA